UCUGCACACCUCGCUCCGUCUGCCAUGGCUGGUUAAAGAAGCCUCGGGCUCGCCGCGCGCGCGGGGAGGGACGGGGAGGGGAGCGGCGGCCGGGCGUGCGGCCGAGGGAGGGGCGGCGGCGCGAGCGGCGGCGGCGGCGGUUCCAGCAUGAAGAGGAGAGCUGGCCUGGGGGGCAGCAUGAGGUCAGUGGUGGGCUUCUUGUCCCAGCGGGGCUUGCAUGGGGACCCCCUGCUCACUCAGGACUUUCAGAGGAGACGCCUGCGGGGCUGCAGAAACCUCUACAAGAAGGACCUCCUCGGCCACUUCGGCUGUGUCAAUGCCAUUGAAUUCUCCAACAAUGGAGGCCAGUGGCUGGUCUCAGGAGGAGAUGACCGCCGAGUUCUGCUGUGGCACAUGGAACAAGCUAUCCAUUCCAGGGUCAGUCCCAUACAGCUGAAGGGAGAGCACCAUUCCAACAUUUUCUGCCUGGCUUUCAACAGUGGCAACACCAAAGUCUUCUCUGGAGGAAAUGAUGAGCAAGUUAUCCUCCAUGAUGUUGAAAGCAGUGAGACCUUGGAUGUGUUUGCUCAUGAAGAUGCAGUGUAUGGCUUGUCGGUGAGCCCAGUGAAUGACAACAUUUUUGCCAGCUCUUCAGAUGAUGGCCGGGUUCUCAUUUGGGACAUCCGGGAGUCUCCCCAUGGAGAGCCUUUCUGCCUGGCAAAUUAUCCAUCAGCCUUUCACAGUGUCAUGUUUAACCCCGUGGAGCCCAGGUUAUUGGCCACAGCCAAUUCAAAGGAAGGCGUGGGACUAUGGGACAUUAGAAAACCUCAGAGUUCUCUCCUGCGCUAUGGUGGCAACCUAUCUCUCCAAAGUGCCAUGAGUGUGCGAUUCAAUAGCAAUGGGACCCAACUCCUGGCCCUGCGGCGGCGCCUGCCCCCUGUCCUUUAUGACAUCCACUCCCGCCUGCCAGUGUUCCAGUUUGACAAUCAGGGUUACUUCAACUCAUGCACUAUGAAGAGCUGCUGUUUUGCAGGGGAUCGUGACCAGUAUAUCCUCUCAGGCUCUGAUGACUUCAACCUGUACAUGUGGAAGAUUCCUGCUGAUCCAGAAGCAGGUGGCAUUGGCAGAGUGGUCAAUGGAGCCUUCAUGGUGCUGAAAGGGCAUCGGUCCAUUGUUAACCAGGUCCGGUUUAACCCCCACACGUACAUGAUCUGCUCUUCUGGUGUAGAAAAGAUUAUCAAGAUCUGGAGUCCAUACAAGCAGCCAGGAUGUACAGGAGACCUCGACGGUCGGAUUGAAGAUGAUUCCCGCUGCCUCUACACCCAUGAAGAGUAUAUCAGCCUUGUACUGAACAGCGGAAGUGGCCUGUCCCACGACUAUGCCAACCAGUCGGUCCAGGAAGACCCCCGAAUGAUGGCUUUCUUUGACUCUUUGGUGCGCCGCGAGAUCGAGGGCUGGAGCUCCGACUCAGACAGUGACCUCAGCGAGAGCACCAUCCUUCAGCUGCAUGCAGGGGUCAGUGAGCGCUCGGGCUACACUGACUCAGAGUCCUCAGCCUCACUGCCCCGCUCCCCACCUCCCACAGUAGACGAGUCUGCCGACAAUGCCUUCCACCUGGGGCCCCUGCGAGUCACCACCGCAAAUGCCGUAGUGUCAACCCCAGCAACGCCGACGUGUGAGGAUGCAGCAUCUCGCCAGCAGCGCCUAUCUGCUCUGCGUCGCUACCAGGACAAGCGCCUCCUGGCCCUGUCCAAUGAGUCUGAUUCUGAAGAGAAUGCCUGUGAGGCUGAACUGGACACAGAUCUCUUCCCUCGGCCGAGGUCACCCAGUCCCGAGGAUGGAUCCAGCAGCUCCAGCAACUCCAGUAGCUCGGAGGAAGAAGAGGAACUGAACCAACGCCGAGCCACCACUCGGCAGCGAAAUGCCAUGCGGAGGCGGCAAAAGAUAGCCCGGGAAGAGCGGCCCAACGCUCCAGUCAAGGCCACCAACACCUACAUUGGUGAGGACAAUUACGACUACCCCCAGAUCAAGGUAGAUGACCUCUCCUCCUCCCCAAACUCCUCCCCUGAGCGGAAUGCUUCCAAUCUGGAUAUCCAGCCAAGCCGGGCCCCACCAACUGCCAGCAUGGAAUCAGUAGAGCGAAAGAUUUAUAAAGCUUACAAGUGGCUCCGCUACUCCUACAUCUCUUACUCGAAUAACAAAGAUGGAGAAACUUCCUUAGUGGCAGAGGAGGCAGAUGAAGGGAGAGCAGGAACCAGCCCCAAAGACAACCCAACCCCUUCUUCCAGUAAGGAAGCCUGCCCAACCCAGAGAGACCAGGACCUGCCCCCUGAAGGCUGCAGCAAAGAUGCUUGUAAAGAAGGGACUUCCACCAGGAAUCCCAGCGGUGGCGCAAGCCAUGAGUACAGCAGCCAUCCUUGGGCAGAGGUGCCAGAGAGCACCUCUCAGGACACUAACAGUAGCAGCCCUCUAGAACACUCUUUUGAAACCAAGAAGCUCAAUGGGAAGGCCCUGAGCAAGGCCCUGAGCAGCCGGACUGAGGAGCCACCCUCUCCUGUCCCCAAAGCAUCUGGUUCCACUCUGAACAGUGCGUCUGGCAACUGUCCCAGGACCCAGUCUGAUGAUAGUGAGGAACGGAGCCUUGAAACCCUCUGUGCCAACCACAACAAUGGACACUUGCAUCCCCGACCCCCUCACCCCCACAACAAUGGGCAGAACUCUGGGGAGCUGGAGACAGUGAUCUACUCUUCCCCAGGACACCCAGACACUGACCAUGAUAACCCAUCCCUGACAGGGACACUUCUACACAAAGAUUGUUGUGGGUCUGAAAUGGCCUGUGAGACCCCCAAUGCUGGAAUGAGAGAAGACCCCACUGACCCCUCAGCCAUGGACAGCAGCAAGGGUGUUCAUGACCACAGUGGCCUCAAAAGGCAUCGAAUUGAAUUGGAAGACACAGAUUCAGAGAAUUCCUCUUCAGAGAAGAAAUUAAAAACAUGAUAAAAAACAAAGGGAAAACAAAAAGCUACAAAAAGUAGCCUUGCAAAAUCAUUUUUUCUUGUUUAGUGAACACAGAGGAAAGGAAAAAGUAUUAAAGGCACAUAAAACCGGGGCCUGAACGUGUCUGCUGCUGCUCCUUCUGUUCACCAUUCUCCAGGGGGUCUUCUCUAGUGAGAUGCGAGCAUAGCAUUCCUCUGAGGCUCUGUGACAGUGGUCCUGUCUUCGGACAUUUAGCUUGUUGUGUGUAUGUACCCACUGGCACAUGUGGGCUUGAUGUCUUAUGAGGCCUUUCUUUCAACUGUCUGUCAGCAAAGCCCUGUGGGUCUGUAGCUUUUGCCAUUUCGCCUGUUCAUUGUUCACAUGACAUAGGUGUUCUGGUCUUAAAUGAAGAGUGUCCUCUAGAUCAGAUCGUGCUGCAGUGAGUUGUAGAUUUAUGCUAGCAGAAAGGAGAGGCCUGCCUUCAGCUCAUUGGCUGUGCUGAAGAGGAAAACAUGGCUCUUCUUUAAAUGCCCCAUGUUUUCUCCAGCUAACACAUCAUUGAGCGUUUACUGUGACUCUUAAGUGGAACAUUGUUCCUACUAAGAAGAGGUUGACACUUGAGCUCAGAUCCUGAUAGUGCCGCUGUUUGCAGAAGAGGCAGAGUUACACUCUGUGCUGUGAGAUCCUUACAGCAGCUAGUGAACAACACAUUUUAACCACCUAGUGCUAGCUCCUAAGAAGCACUCGAGGCCAGCAGGUGCUAAUGGAGUCCAGGCAUCCUGAAAGAAGAAAGGACCCCUCAGGAGAGCUUUUUACCCAAACUAAUAAACUGACUGGGAUACUAAUAAGUUGUAGUGAAGAGUGGAAUGCGGUACUGUAUCCAGUGCCAGUCCGUCAGUCAGAAUGUGGUACCGCAUCCAGUGCCAGUCCGUCAGUCAGAAUGUGGUACCGUAUCCAGUGCCAGUCCGUCAGGCAAAAUGUGGUACCGUAUCCAGUGCCAGUCCGUCAGGCAGAAUGUGGUACCAUAUCCAGUGCCAGUCCGUCAGUCAGAAUGCGGUACCAUAUCCAGUGCCAGUCCGUCAGGCAGAAUUGGCAGGCCUGUCACCCUCCCUCAGGCUUGGAGUUGUCAGAGGCUGUGGGUUCCACCUGAACUUUGCAGAGUAGUUGGCAUCUGUUAGGAGGCAGGGAGUGUCGAGAAACAACUCUCUUUGGUCAGUGUUCUGGCUCCCUGAAAACAUUUUGUUCUGUUGAAGUAGGUAACCGUGGAGAGAAGAAAAUAUCAACUUUUCAGUGUAUAGUGGUGUUGGUAGUCCCUGAGUUGUCAGUGAAGGGUUGUGAAAGACAGGAAGACCUAAGGCUGCCCAGAUGUCCUGCUGGUGUAGAUGUUGAAGCAGGAGGAAGAGAGAACAGUGGAACUUUGCAUAUAAAGGUGCUAGACAGCUGGAGCCUGGCUGGAGCUGGCCUAGGGAGGACUUAGCACAAGGCAUCUCUGGCCUCACUGGUGCAGCGUUCCUUUCAGAGGAGGACCUGACCUGCUGGGAUGGAGCCGUGAGAAGACCAGCUGCGGAAGCUGAAGGAUGGACGACGUUCAGUGCCGGGAGCCAGGGUUCUUAUGAAAGGAAAGUGGUUGGUAAGAGCCAGGAGGAUAAACCGUUUUGCUGAGCUUUGUGGAAGGGAGAUGUGCUUAGAGUCUGGUGAUGUGGCUGAGGUAUGAGAGCACGAUUUGGGAAGGGGAGGAAGGCGCUUGAGUAGCGUGGGGUGCAUACAGUCAGCAGCUGGACUCUUCCUGGGUAGUGGGACAGCAAUUCUGUAACCAACAUUAGAAUUACUUUAGAUUUGUAAUUAAAAUGGUUCUAGGAUUUA